GCGCUCACAUGGGGAAGCAACCGGGUCUUCAGACUCAUGAUAGCCUCUCGGUGUCUGGAAUUGAAACAAACAUGGAGAUGAACGCAACAGAGAAGCUUUACCUUCCCGUUGAUGGCAUCCUCGAAAUGUUCAACCAUCUCACCGGGCAUCACCAUGCAGGCAUCACGCACCCAGGUCUCCAGAGCGCACCCCUCACCCCAGUAGCCCAGCACCCUAAAGUCUCAAGCAUAUCGAAGGCGGGCAUGGGCAUCAUCAAAACGGUUAAAGGGCGCUGGAGGCAGCAAGAAAAGAGAGCAAGCAGGUCCUCGAGUUCUGGAAACAGGCAGGUAUCGAGUGAUCGACUCCCGAAACGGUCCGUGGAUCUGCUGGAGCUGGGUCUGACCAAGCCCAAGAACUGUCACAGAGUAGUUGUGCUUGGCGCACGGAAAGUGGGUAAAACCAACAUCCUGCAUCGGUUCUUGGGUAAAGAAUUUGAAGAGGAUUAUGAACCCACGACGGAGGACUUCCACAGAAAGCUGUUCCACAUUGGAGGAGAGGCGUAUCAGAUUGAUCUCCUGGACGCCACAAGUGAGAGGGACUUCCCUGCAAAACGGAGGUUAUCCAUACUGACAGGUGACACCUUCCUGCUCGUCUUCAGUCUGGAUGACAGAGAGUCCUUCAAUGAAAUCUGUGAGCUGCUCGACGAGAUCAAAGCUGCCAAGGCAAAGUUACUGAAAUUAAAACAUCCCCCGAGAAUACCAGUGGUGAUAUGUGGGAAUAAAGCGGACUUGGAAUCGCAGAGAGCCGUCAGACGCUCAGAGGUGACAGACAUCCUCGGUGGGGACGUCGCAUACUUCGAAACCUCUGCUAAAGACGACACCGGACUUGAAGGUGUGUUCAGGGCCCUCGCGGCUCUAGGUGGACUGCCGGACGAGACGAGUCCGUCACGACAUCAGAUCGUACCCAUCCUCACCUACCAGUCGAUGUGCAUCGGCCAGCGAGGCAGAGGAGGGAGCCGGGGAGUCGGUGCGCCCUGCGCCGCCGUGGAGCCACUGGCGCGCCGCCCGAGCUUCACCAGCGACCUGCGGUUGGUGCUGAGAUCCAGCACCAAACAAAACAAACCUGAGAGGUGUCAGAUUCAAUGAAUUUGUGAGCCUUCUCUAUAAACCAAUUGUAGUAGUAUGCUGCAAUGUCAUAUUAUGUAAGGAGUUAUACUCUGUAUAGCACCUGGCUGGACCAGUGCAUUCAUAUUUUGUUUUUUUGUAUGUACCUGUAUAUUAUCCUGUAAUAAAAG